CAAGUGUAUAAUUACUAAUUAGCUGUUCUCAUUAGGAAUGUGAUGAGUGUGUAAUGUGUAAAUUAAAUUCUUAUUUUGUAAAUUGAAUGUGAUUUAUCAUUUGUUUGAUAAUGGUUAAUCAGCAAUAAAACUUCAACAAGUAGUCAAUAGCCUACAUGACAAAUUUCGUAUAGGAUAGUGAUAACUGUUGUCAUCGAAAUUUGUAAGGGAUAAAUUAUUUAACAAAAGUUUUCUGUUAUGUUACCAUUUAAGAGGCUAUUAACAAUAAAUGUUAUUACUGGUCAGUUUAUACAUUUAAAACCCUUAUCAAAAUUUUCAUCAGUUUUAGCAGAACUGAAAUUAAAUUUGAUAAAGUGGAAACAUCCCAGUAAGCAAAUAUUGCGUCUGAGCAGACAAGCUGUCAAACCCCAAACUCCUCUCUUGCUCUUGUGGACAGUACCGUUCCUGUCGUCAGAUACUGCAGUCAAGGAAGGGAGCGAAGUGAAAAAGAUGUCUAACCAGCAGAAAAAAGAAAUGAAUGAUGCUAUUGUAGAAUCAGAUGAGCUGUUUGAAUCUAAUAAGUAUCAAGAAGCAACUUCAGCAUUGCUUCCUUUUAAGGACAUAAAUGAUGUCGAAGUUCUGUGGAGGAUAAGCCGAGCGCAGUACAAGGCCUCUCAGUCUUCAUCAGUGUCCGAUGCAGAGAAGCGACAGAUGAUACAGGAGGCAUAUGACAGUAUUACGAAGGCAAUGGAAUUGAAUGACUCACACUGGGCGGUACACAAGUGGAUGAGUGUACUGUUGGACGCUCAAUCCUCGUACGAUGGCAUUAAGGCGAGGGUAACUCAGCUGGAGAAUGUUAAACGUCACAUGCUUAAAGCAGUAGAACUGAAUCCCACUGAUGCAACAACCCAUUACAUGUUGGGUUCAUGGUGCUACCAGAUUGCAGACAUGUCAUGGAUCCAGAGAAAGAUUGCCGCUACGAUAUUUGCCGCCCCGCCUACAUCUACGUUUGAAGAAGCCCUUCAUUUUUUCUCUAAGGCUGAAGAAAUUGAACCCAGGUUUUACAGCCAGAAUUUGUUGAUGCUGGGAAAGACACUGUUGAAGCUUCAAAAGCCGAAAGAAGCAGCUCAAUACCUCACUCUUGCCAGAGACUAUCCUAGUUCUUCAGAGGAGGAUAACACGGUGCGAAAAGAAGCAACAGAAAUGCUGAAGAAGUUGAAGAUUGAAGAUUAAUCCAACAUGAUAAUGGCCCUGAUGAUUUGUAUCUCUAAAAAGCUAUUUUUUAAGAAUAACUAACUUUAAGUAUAUUUUUAUCAUUCACUGGAUACAUAUUUUAUAUUUUAGCUUCAUUGUAUAAUAAAGAUAUAUUACAUCA